GCAGAUAGAGAUAGAGACAGAGAGAAAGAGGCGCUCUAUCUUGUCUUGAAGAGCUCGAAACCCCCCCUGCUCCAACUGUCUCAAUCUCUCUCUAACCACGAGACCAAACCCUCUUUAUAUGUUUUAACACGAGUAUGUGUAGUUGGUUAUGGGAUUUUUUUAGGAUCUGAUUUUGGGGUGUCUUUCUUUCAGAUCUAGUUGAUCAAGGUGAGAUUGGAAGAAGUUACUAGGUGAGAUGUCAAGGUUUUGCCUUUAUUAAGGAUUUUGUUUUGGAUUUCUAGUAAUGUUAAGACCAUAUACCAUCGUAUCAGUCACGGUAAGGGUCACUAUCACCUUUCAAGAAGCGGUCAUAAGAAGGGUUCUGUUAGGAUUUUGACCUAUAUUCUGGUUUUUGUAACUUGAGAGAAAAACAUCAAGGCUUUUGACUUAAACAGCUCUUGCGAAGAAAAGGGGGUUUGGUGGUUUUGAAGUUAAUUGAAUUGUAUGCUGGGAUUCUGACUGGUAUUUUGGGGGCAGGUGGGGGAGAUAGAACUUGGUAUGGCUGUUGGAAAGAGCAACAGCAGCCAUGAACCCUUGAAGCAACCCUGCAAUUGUUAUAGAGUUUCAAGCUUGAUUGAAAGCAUUUUGGACACAGACCAGACCUCUAAUCUGAAAGAUAGGUAUGUUCUUGGAGAACAAUUAGGUUGGGGUCAGUUUGGUGUUAUUAGAGUGUGCACUGAUAAGUUGACUGGAGAGGUACUGGCAUGCAAAUCGAUUUCUAAGGAUAGGCUGGUGACAUCUGAUGAUGCAAGGAGUGUCAAGCUGGAGAUUGAAAUAAUGACCAGGUUAUCAGGACAUGAUAAUGUUGUGGAUCUCAAGGCAGUUUAUGAGGAUGAAAAUUAUGUUCACUUGGUAAUGGAACUUUGUGCUGGAGGGGAGCUUUUUCAACAGUUAGAAAAACAUGGCCGUUUCUCUGAGGCUGAGGCUAGGGAUCUCUUCAAGCAUCUUAUGCAAGUGGUUCAAUAUUGUCAUGAAAAUGGAGUGGUUCACAGGGAUUUGAAGCCAGAGAAUAUCCUUUUAGCUUCAAAAUCCUCAUCAUCACCGAUAAAAUUGGCAGAUUUUGGCCUUGCAACCUAUGUCAAGCCUGGUCAGAGUUUGCGUGGGACUGUCGGGAGCCCAUUUUAUAUAGCUCCUGAGGUAUUGGCAGGAGGCUAUAACCAGGCUGCUGAUGUUUGGAGUGCAGGGGUGAUUCUCUAUAUUCUUCUUAGUGGGAUGCCACCAUUUUGGGGUAAGACCAAGUCAAGGAUAUUUGAUGCUGUGAGGGCAGCUGAUUUGAGGUUUCCUUCAAAUCCUUGGGAUCACAUAACUCAAUCUGCGAAGGAGUUGGUCAGGGGUAUGCUUUGCACAGAUCCCUCACAAAGGUUUACUGCUCAGCAUGUUUUAGAUAAUUCCUGGAUGAAGUAUGAUGGACCAUAUCCUGAAGAACCUAGUCAACGUGAAAAGCAAAGUUGUCCAGAAUGGGGUUUAGGUGGUGGCUCAUUCUCCACAUUGAUGGCCAGGGAUCAGGAUGUCAGUUUUGGCACUGGAUCACCCAUCUUUCAUGAUGUUCAGUCUUCUACUUUUAAAUGCAGAUCGUCAUUCUCUUCUUUCCUAGCGGAGCCAUCAACACCUAUAUUUGCACAUGGAGGAUUUUCUUUUAACAAUGGUGAUGAUUCAAAUGCCUUGGAAUUCAUGCCCCCUGUAUCCUCAAUGCCGAGCUUUGCGUUCUCCAGUGCUGGUCCUGUAAUUGAGCUAGGGAGUUCCACAUUAGAAUUAUCUAGUAACAUUUCUCGGAUAGAUUCAGUUUGUGGAGGUAAUCAACUUUCAGAGAUAAGCUUGGGGAAGAUGCUUCUGUUGCCUGAGCCUUCUCUAUGCUGUAGAUGUGAAGCUAGAGAAAUGGAAAACAGAACAGUUGAAGUUAAGAGAGCAGGAGCAGAAAUUGGGUCCAGGGCAUUGGGAAUACACGGUAAGAGGAACCGGACUAUUGGUCUCGGUGAGUGCGAGCAACUUGAUCUCAUGGUGACUGAAUCAGUCAUCCGCUGGGCAUCCUGCACCCAUCUUCCAACUGCUCCGUCCCUAAGGUCCUCUCUUGUCUGUUGAAAGAGAGGAAUUGGAAAUGAAUGGGAUUGGAGAUGCAGAAAGUGUUGUGCUCACAUGAUAGUCUAAUAGCUCAUGUGUGUAAAAUAAUAAUUAUCAUAUUGUCCCUGUGUGCUUAGAGACGGUUUUAGCCUAGAUUUCGUGAACGAUGAGUGAUGUCUUUCUGAUGAGUUAAUCUUCAGUUUGUUCACUACAUAGUGAGUAAAAUGUUCUGAUUGAUGGUCCUUGCCCGUGUGUAUAAAAGUUGGAUUUUCAUACCAUGAGGUUUUCCAGGUUUCAUAUUA